CGUGCUACACCACGCUAUUUCGUGGCACGCCCCCAUCAUGUCUGCUCUGUAAGUGAAACUCGGUUAAAUGCUAACAAAACUCGUCGGAAUUCUCUGGCUUUGUUGAGUGUUUUCCCACUCUGAACCGAGAAUUGCAAAAGAUUGCUUUCCGAACCGUAUCUCCUUUCCAAGGGACCGCUGUUCAUAAUGUUCACUCGUAUCUUAGAGAUUAUCUUUUUCUUUUAUUUUGCCUCACAUAUCCCAAUUACGCUGUUCAUUGAUCUCCAAGCAUUGCUGCCGGAACACAUUUAUCCGCAGACCCUGAAAGACUUGUUACAGUGGUAUGCCGCUGAGUUCAAAGACCCGAUGAUGCUGGAUCCGCCGGUUUGGUUCAAGUCCUUCAUUUUCUGCGAGGUCCUCGUGCAAAUGCCAUUCUUUCCUGUCGCGACAUACGCAUUCUGUAAAGGCGGCUGUAGGUGGAUCCGAACCCCUGCCAUCAUCUACUCUGCCCAUGUGGCCACCACGCUAAUGCCCAUCCUUUCCUACAUCCUGUUCCACGAGUUCCCCGUUGCCCCGCACCCUGGACCCCAGACCCCGGGAGAGCGCCUCACAUUGGUCUCCAUCUACGCCCCCUACCUUCUGAUACCCAUAAUGCUCCUCUUCACCAUGCUGUUCAGCCCAGCGUACAGUCCUGCCCUGCAGGCCAGGGAGGGCAAGAAGCUGCAGUGAGAGCCAGCGAUCCUUUACGGCUCGUUCAUACUUCGGCGACAAAGUCAGAGCUGACCGAAAUUCAGAGAAAGUGCAUUUUGUUUCUAUAGCAACCGCCUUCUCCUCAAACCCGUCCAUUUUGGCAGUUAGCCAUGUAAACAACGCAUCUUAAUUCUUAAAAACAAGUAGCCUAUUAAACUAGUAUUUUUGUCUUCGUUUCAGUCCAACCAAUCACGGCUGCGCUGUCACUUAUGAUUGGCGUCUGUGACCUUGCAAAAACCUGCAGGUAAAGGACGGCUGUCGCCGACACACAGAAUGUCGGCUUCACAUCAAAAGUGCCAAAUUUGCAUCAUUUUUGUUUGCGGACAUGUCGCACACACUUUGCGCUGACGUAUAAAUUAGCCUUAACCCGAUAGGGCAGUGGUAGCCAACCCUAUUCCUGCUGAUCUACGAUUCUAUAGGUUUCCAUUUCAAUACCAAUUUUGACUGUACCUGACUACUAAUUAGCAGCUCAAUGCAGAUCUUCAGGUGUUAAAUGAGGUGCGCUUUGUUCCCGAAAAUCGACAGGACAGUAGAUCUCCAGGAAUGGUUACCAUUGCUUUAGGGUGUGAGAUCACAAAUACCAGAAAUAUCACAAAGAUCAGAGUGUUAACUGAACAUUUGAAUACUGAUGUAACAAUCACUACUGGUAACUGAACUCUAGAACACUGGCCUAGAAUUUUUUUUUAAACAUUCCAAGAAUUGCUGCUCUUCAAAGGGUAAAAGCAGGUCUCCGCUAAGCUGCUCAUUGAUGCUCCAGAACUGCACACGGCUGAGGACACGACAUCCUGCCCCAGCCGCGGCUUUAAUGUGGAGAAAUCGGCACCAACUCCAGGCCCUCCAUCCUUAAGCCUCGCGUCAUGUCCUCAAAGCACCUCAGAGCUGGACCACUGAUCUGGAAUCAGUUUGACCCUUUAGCUCAUAAUGGGCAAUUACGGCAUGUACAGGGCAAAUACGGUCUUUGGUCUGCUGGCCUCCUCUGAGACAAUAAUACAGUAAAUAAAGACCUUAGUCACCCUGUCUCAUAGAAUCAGUACCAGGUCCACAUGUGGGAAUAAGACUGCAGGCACUGGUGUGUUUUUACGGUUUUCUAAUGAAAUAAAAUGUGAAAUAUUAAUGUGAAA